AUGACUCAAAAGACUAAGAAAGUAGGUGUAGUAGGUAAAUACGGACCGAGAUACGGAGUAUCCCUUCGUAAACGUAUUAAGAAGGUUGAAGAGACUCAGCAUAGCAAAUACAUAUGCACGUUCUGUGGCAAGCGGGGUGUUAAGAGAGAGGUUGUGGGUGUCUGGAAGUGCAAGGCAUGCAAAGUAACUGUCGCCGGUGGUGCUUAUUCUGUUACUACUGUAGCAGGAGAGUCAGCAAAGAGUCAAAACCUCAGACUGAAGGAGUUUGCACAAAUCUAA